AUGGGUCCCGUACGGCCUCCCAUUGCUGCUGUCUCCAUCGCCACACUCGCCAUGUCCCCUUUUCAGGCCUUUACACUGCUGGGGUGUUUAAUUUUUGACAUGGGCUGGCAGAUUCCCGGGCCCCCCAUUUCUGCUGCCAACAGAACGCCUGGCCCCCGUACCCACUCCCCACUGUGGUUUUGGCCCCGUGACUGGCCAAAGGAGUGAAGUGUGCAGUGAUUCUAAGAUCGACGGCACUCAUCUGCAUGUCAUACUGACAGACAGUAUUAUUUCUCUUCCCCAGCAGACUCCAAGGGCAUUUAAAUUAAAGGUACAGUGUUCUGCACUAAUAUUA